AUGGCUGAAAUUAUCAUGUGCAACCCUUUUGAGCUCUACAACCUCCUGAACCAGUUCCACCGUGUGUCGAGGCUGGCCGAGAUCAACUAUCUCUGGUUGGUUGAUGCUCGUGAACUCCAAGACUACUACACAAGUCACAUUGUAACAGCUAAAUGCAUGAAAAUGGAGUCAGAUGGAAAAUGUAUUUUUCCAGAAGAUGUGGAGGCUGAUAGUAUGCAGCGCAUUGUGGUCUAUGACAGCAACACAAGCUGUUUAUGGGAAAAAGGUAGGGCUAUGCACUGUGCCCAGGCUCUGGCUAAAUUCAGCCUCUAUCCAGUCCACAUACUGAAAGGAGGCUUUCGGAGGUUCGCAGCUCUGUACCCAUUUUUAAUGACCAAGAAGAUCCUUUACACCAUCACAGAGCUUGAAAAUGUUCCGAUUUAUCCCGUGGAAAUUGUAGCUGGACUGUUAUACAUGGGCGACCAGAAGCAAAGCCAGGACACGGAUAUCCUCAAGGACCUAACAAUCAGUGCCGUCGUCAACCUCUCCCAUUUCACACAGAACGACUCCUUAGAGUCAGUAGUAGGGAACCAGACCAUUCUUAACAUUCCUGUGACUGACUCUGUGGAGUCUGAUUUAUAUUCAAACUUCCAACCGAUCUGCCGUUUCAUCAAUUCACACAUCAGAGUUAGAUCUCGUGUCCUGAUAGUUUCCAGGCAGGGCAGAAGCCGCAGUAGCGCUGUGGCCAUCGCUUUCCUCAUGCAGCACUUUAAAUACUCACUGGAGGAGGCCUGGAGAUACAUGCUCAAAUGUAAAUCCUCCAUGAGGCCAAACACCGGGUUUCUGCAGCAGCUUUCUGACUGGGAGCUUCACAUCACAGGAGUGAAACAGGCAGAUUUGUCCAAAACUCCAUUUAAUUAA